AUGGGCAUGGUCGAGACGGCGACGUCGGAGUAUCGCUUGGAAGCCAACACCUCCUACACGUACCUCCUGGUGACGCUCAACUUGACGCUGACUCUCAUUGUAAUGUUAGGCGCGUGUCUCUGCUGCAAAAAGAAAAUACCAAAAAAUGAUUUGCUCGGACUCGAGGGUAUGGUCAAGCUGAAGAAUCCGGAUGAGGUCAUUGUGGUAACCAGCCUGGUGGGCAACAGUGAGUCGCAGGCGGAGCUGAAUGCCUCCACUGUCUCGAAUGCUGACUCGGAAAAGCGAUCAAGUACAGCGGCGCAUCGUAGUUUGCCUGAUAUUCCUGUGGCCGAAAGCAACGAUAAUGGCUCCGAAUUAUACGAGACUGUGGCGGAUAAACAGCUUGUGGAUGCACUCAAUGCACGUAGUCAAAGUCCCCAGCCCAGCCUUAAGAAACAGACAAGCGUUUCGCAGCACAGCUCGAUAAGCCAGGCGGAUGAUGUCAGCUCGCCAUAUUCGCGUGUCAAGGGACUACCGCAUGACUAUGCCAAAGUUCGAGGCACUGAGCAUCCCUAUGCCCAGCUAAAUGCACCGUCCACAUCCCAUUCGGCGCAAGGUGCUGCUGCAGCGGCGGCUGCGGUGGUAGCAGGCUCAUCCAGUGAGGGCGCCGAUCACCUGCAUCGGAGCUCCCAGCACAGCGACGGCUCGAGAGACCACAAUGACUCCGCUCCAGCGCAAGUGGAAAUUCCGGCAGCUUCGGCCAUUGCGGGCAUGAUAUCAGCCAGCCAAGAUCUGCCUUACAUGACGCCGCCCAUUGCUAACCAGCACUUUAGUGGUGACUCGCAGGACUCGUCAAAGGGAUACACAAGUAUUAGCGUGCGUGAGCCGCUGGCCAAUAUACUGGCACAACAGCCACCGGGCAAGCCUCCUAACAGAAAUGCCUCCCUGGCACGAGAUGGAAAUGACUCUCAUUAUGCCACCGUAUCCGAUGAUUCAGAUGAAACGUAUGCCGCCAUUGAGGAUCCCAACAAUCGUCACCCAACGAAUGCCGCCGAUAUUUAUACCAGCGGCUCGGAGACCUACGCACAAAUCCAGCCCAUGCAGAUCAAUCCCAUAGUGGUGGCCGUUGAAAUCAACAACAGCAGCAGCCUGCCAACAACGAGCUCAGCCGCGGGCGUGGUCAGUGGUGGCACCCAGAGUGGAGCUCUGAGGCCGACUAACAGCAACAUCGGAGCAACUGAUCAUGCCGUGCCCGUCCCCCCGCCUGUGGAUAGCUUACGAGCGCAAAUGCACUCACGACAGGCAUCGUCCUCGUCGAAUAAUAGCACUUCUGUGUGUAAUCUGGGCUCGCCCAAGCCGGAGAAGCGGCAGGCGAACUCGCCGCUGCCACCGACGCCCAAGUCAAGUGCCCAUCUGCAUGCGAGCAGCAUUAGCAACCUCGCCUCUGCCCGUAAUUCUGUAAUUUCGGUGAUUGAAGCUGGCGGCGAUGGUCACGAAGUUGAGGCAUCCGCCGAGGCAUCUCCACAACGCAAGCACAGCAAAAGUCUCAGUCCCUCAAAGGAUGGCGGCGGCGAGGGCAAUAAAAACAUUGAGGGCAUGUAUGCCAAGGUCAUGAAGAAACACAAAUUCUCUCGCAAUUCUCCCUCGUCGCAGAACAGCUCGCCCAUUCUCACGCGCAAGCAGCAGCAAGAUACGUUGGGAGUGAGCCCCUUGGACAGUGCGGCAGCGUUGCUUGUGGACCCACAGAAGGGUGCUCGCGUGCGUAGCAACAGCUACUCGGCCAAGGAUCACGGCUAUGAGACGAUCCCAGCAGAUGGCCAGCUUAUGCACGAGAAUCGCAAAUCGGAUUGCUAUGCAGCCAAUAUGCUGCAGAAGGAGCGCCAACACGAAGGAGCGAUUGCCCCCCAGCCUGUGACGAAAGCGACAGCGACUGGGAUCAGCGGCGCCAGCACAAAGCACUAUGAGACUAUUAGCCAGCCAACGCCACCGCCGCCGCCUCCGUCAAAAUGCAACAACGAUCCAGGCUACGAACAACUGCAGCUGCAUCCCGUCCACACUGAAGAUGAUGCCAAGAAAUCUGACUAUGAUCCCAACUAUGAGGUGCUCAAGAGUCGCGCCCACUCGGACGACGGAUAUGCCAAGGUGCUGGAGAAGAAACGGGCACCCACAGGGGAUGCUGGGGGCUACAGCACUAUUCCAGGUGCCGAUGCCAAUCACAACUAUGCCAGCAUUCUGGAAACGAAGGCCACCGCGGAAACGGACCACUAUGCGAGAAUAGCCGAAAAUGUAGCUGCCAGCACACCGGGAAGCACUUCGAACAGCAGUCGCUUAACCCUGACAUCGCCCACCUCCACUUCCACAUCCAAUUCCCUGUCGCUCAACUCGUCAACAGUGGCAACCAGCACGCCGAUAUCCUCCCAGUACGAGUCUUUAACAGGAACGGGCAGCGAAACGGAUCCCAACUAUGAGUCGGUGUGCUACCUAACCACAGGAGCCACAGCAACGACCACAACGACUACUAGCACGAGUAGCGGGGGCGGUUUCGUGGAGCAUGCUUAUGAGCCGCUUCAGGCUGAUUUGGAGUCGGACACGCAGGCGAGCAGUCCAAUGAGCGGAGCCACGGCCACUUCCACGCCCAGUGAGCAGUUGCUAGUAGAUGACUACUUCCACGUAUAGUCAGUAGGAGCCCCAUUAGCUGGAUUGAGCUGGAUCUCCCCCCUCCCCAUCAUCAUCAGUUUUUUUGCUUAGCAAUCUUUCACGCACAUAUCAUUCAUUUGAUGCACACUCAUAAGAAGAAACGCAUAAAUCGUAGAUACAUACAGCGCUCGCUCAGCGACAGUCUUUAGAUUAGGCUGCAGGUCCGCUGACCCAUGGUACGUGGACUUGCAGGCCAAGUAGUAACCAAGUACUAUCUAUCCAAUAUGGCACACAGCUUCAUAUCGGUUUGCUCUUUAGUACAUAGCAUAGUCCCGUAGUCUUAAGUUAACUUUGUGUACAAACUAUUUGUAUGUCUCCGGUUCGACAAUUAUUGUGUACUUCCAGCAGUCGCGAGAGGGUAUAUCGCUCCCUAUACAUAUACUCCACAAUAUCUACAAUAUGGAUUAUUCUAUCUAAGUACCAGUGCGUCCUAUUUUAGGUAAAUUGAAUGCGAAUUGUAAGCAGAACAAAGAACAAAGAGCUACGCGCCACUUGACGCGGCAUUUGUUUAAAUUGAUAAGCACAAGCGUCGGGUUGGUUUGGAUUCGGUGGGUUGUUAUUUAA